AUCAUGUCAAAAUGUAAGAUAUGUUACGAUUUACGAAAUUGUAUGAGAGUUAUUUACUGUUUAUAGAAAUAAUCUCCAUAUAAAUAUUGCGCAUACAAUGUGCCGCGUAGUAUAGCCACUAUUUGUGUCGAAGAUACAAGCGCGAUACAAACUCUGUCAAGAGUAAUAAAAUUUCUGUAAAAUGUCUAGAAUUUGUGAUCCUGCUGGUCAUAAAUAUAUUCCAGUCGAAGUUAAAGAGUUGGAUAUAUAUACAGGGAUUUACGAAAUUCUUUCCGCUAUAAGACCAGAUUGGCCUCAGGCAAACAUUAAAUUUAAGGUGUUUACUGAUGGAAUUACUAAUAAAUUAGUGGCAUGUCAGUUGGAUUCUGCAAAUAAUUCUGAAAACAAUACUAACAUUGUGCUUGUGAGAAUAUAUGGAAACAAAACUGAUUUACUUAUUGACAGGGAUGCAGAAGUAAGAAACAUCACAGUGCUUAACAAAGCGGGACUAGCUCCAAAAAUCUAUGGUGUAUUUAAGAAUGGUUUAUCUUAUGAAUAUUACCCUGGUGUCACUCUCAACACAGACACUGUAACUGAUGCAAAAAUAUCCCGCCUGGUGGCACAACAAAUGGCCAGGAUGCACAAAAUUCAAUUGGGUGAAGAGAUACCAAAGGAACCAAUGGUAUGGGACAAAAUAGAGCAAUUCUUGAGUUUAAUCCCAGAAAAAUUCACAGAUGCAUGUAAACAUGCCAGAUUUGCAAAUAGUUUUGGAUCAAUAACAAGACUCAGGAUAGAAUUUGAACGUCUAAAGUCACACUUAAUAAAAACUGAGAGCCCAAUUGUGUUUGCUCACAAUGAUUUGCUUCUAGGAAACGUGAUCCACGACGAAUCUAAAGGGACAGUUUCUUUUAUAGAUUAUGAAUAUGCCUCAUAUAAUUAUCAAGCCUACGAUAUAGCAAAUCAUUUUAAUGAAUUUGUUGGUAUAUCGAUUGAUAACAUGGAUUACAGCCGAUAUCCGAGCAAAGAUUUUCAGAUUAAUUGGAUACGAAUAUAUCUGGCCGAGUAUUUAGAUAACCCAUCGCCGUCCCAAACACAGAUUGAGGAUAUUUACAAAGAUGUACAACGCUUGUCCUUGGCGUCAAACUUUAAGUGGGGCAUUUGGUCGCUGGUCCAAUUCGAGCUGUCGGACAUUGACUUUGAUUUUGGCAGGUAUGCGGAAAUGCGGCUUAACAGAUAUUUCGAAGAAAAAAAUGCGAUCUACAAGGAAUUACUGUGAUAAAUACCUAUUAAUAUUUUACCAAAUAAUAGAAUUGUAUAAUAAAUUAGAUUUAUUUUUAAAGCUGCCAACUCGAUAGUACACGAAUCCUAAGUGUCAUCUUUUUCAUAAUAUUCUCUGUUGUUUUAGAUGACACUACAUUUUACACCGUUAAUUUGGUUGAGGGAUUAUGUAUU